AUGAACAACCCUAUGAGUGAGUACACAUAAAUUAUAUUAUCAGCUUGCACACAUUCUAAUGAUACAUAUUUAUCGGUUUAGAUCAAUACCGAUAUGACUAGUAUACCGUCAUUUAUCGAUUGAAGUAUAUAAUAGUAUUUAAAGGCUAUUGAAUUCGAAAAAGCGGCGUGUUUUUGGAUAGUUUAGACCGUAUUUUAUAACUACUACCAUUAUUCUUCCCGUAAUGUGAUUUCUCGUAUGUUUCAUAAUUUUAUUGUAAGUGCGUUGAUUAGUGUAAUCGAAUUUUCGUACUUUGUUUGAAAACCUGGAAAAAUAAAUAUAGGUUUACGAUUAAUAAUAAUGACAACGAUAUGAAUAUGUGUUUUAUUUAUUUUAUUUUUUACAAAGUAUUUAAAAGAUUUACUUGCUUUCGACCAUACGACUCACAGCGGCUUUCUUUUAUGUUAUGAACAUAUUCAAUGCUUAGAGAAGAUUAUUUAUUCUUUUUAAAUUCCAAGUUAUUUUCUUCGCAAUGCGAAAAAUUCGGAACAAAUAAAAAUAAGUCGGAACAAUCGACGGGGCAUAUUUAAAUCAACGCCGUAAAUCGGCUUUUAUUAAAUUCGAUUUUUUUUUUUUCUGUAUUAUCGUUGAAUAAGACGUAAUCAUAGAUAGGUACUUAACAUUUUCCUAGAAUUAUUUUAGCGUUCGAAGGCGUGAUAUAACUGUCAAAUAAACUUUAUUUGGAUUAUUAAUAACUAUUUGAACUUUUCGUUUAAUUUUCAGAAAAUAUCCCAACUUACUCCAGGUCGGUGUUUAUGAAUACAAAUCCAAGUAUUGUAUCAGGACUCACCGGGAGUACAUUGAUUGAAAACUCAUGGAGGCCAGGAAAGAAUGUUUUUAAGAACUUUUUCACUUACAGAGUGUCACAAAGUUCAAUAAACCAGUUCGAAAACAGGUUCGGAUAUGGUUUUGCAUAUUCCAAAAUGAAAGAAAUCACUUCAGAAAAGUAAGAUUUGCCUAAAAUAAUAAUAUUUUUAUUUGAUCGACUCUAUUCGGUGAUGAUCACUAAAUACCUAAUGUAAAAUUCAUAAUGUCGAUUUAAUAAACGGUGUGGAUUUGUGAUAGGUACAAUAUGAUCGAAUUGUCUCUAUCUAUUUAAUACUAGAUGUUCCUUCCCAAGUCAAAAUUUAAAUUUGAAAAACGUUCAUUUAGAAAACGUAAUGGAAAAAUAUCGGUCAUUAUUCAUGAUGAUUCAUAAAUAUUCUAAAUUAUAUGUUGAUUAUAGGUAGCUAAAUAUAUUAAAACUAAAAUUUACUAAAAAAAAAGGUAAAAUAACCGGUAUAUAUAUAUAUAUAUUUUUGUAGCUAAAUAUAUUAAAACUAAAAUUUACUUAAAAAAAAAGGUAAAAUAACCUGUAUAUAUAUAUUUUUUUUUUUUUAAUUCAGCUAUAUCGUGCCGUAUUACAAACAAUAUAGGUAGUUCUAUAAAAACAGAUAAAUAAAUAUUUGAGUCAAAAAUUAAAAAAUAUACUUUUUUUUUUCAACGAUUAAACAUGACAUUUAUUUUAACUAAUCAACGCAUAUCAUAAUUAAUUGGUUAUAAAUAAUUGUUUACUGGUAUUCUUUAGUGGUUUUAGUUAUAUGGUGCCCUACCCAAAACUGUACACAUACGUCGAUUCAAACUUAAAUAAGGAUAUUUCUUAUUCGUUAUCCUACAACGUGAUGGGCAACUUGUGGGCCCACAUCACUGGCCAAGUCUUGGGAAAUCGGUCGAACAACAAUGUUACCGGAUCUAUUGAGUGGGCUAGCAAAAAUGUUAGCGUGCAGAUGUCCGCCAACAAAGCUGAUAAUCAAAAGAACCAAGUAAAUAUUAGUUUCACGAGGCGGUUAUUUAGCCCUUGGUUGUUCGGUGGCCAGUGUACAUUAGUAGCCGAAAAAGGAACAUCUUCAUCAAGUUUAAUCAAAAGUUAUGAAGGCAUGUUUGGAUACCAACAUGAUAAACUAACUUAUGNCCAAUCUCUGUCUACGGCCGUGCGGGCCGUAGCACGCUUCAAGUCCAACACGACUUCUUUAGAACUAAGAAGUGAACAUGGUAAAAAUGAAUUGAAAUGUAUGCUUGCGCAACAGGUCGUCCUUUCCGAAAAUUUGUCAGUUCAAGGUGAUUAUAUAUUAUUAUGA